AUGGGCACAGCGGCCGAGGUGAUGGCGCAUGGUGUCUGCGUUGGCCAGAUCACCGAGAUCACCAUGCAACCAGAUUUAGAACUGUGUCGCAAGGUAUUUGAUCCUUCUCCCUCUCUCUCCUUUGUUUUUUUUGCUGGUUCUCAGCUCUCUUCAUCUUUUUCAUCCAUAAAGAGGUGUCUUUCAUAAUGUUGUAGCUCUAGCCUUCGUUUCGUCGUUGUUUAAUAUCAGUCGGCCCUGUCAUCCUUCCUUCAUCUUUCCCUUUGCAUUCUGCAAGGUAAACAAGGAGACUUUUAAGAAGCAAUUGCACUUGGCAGCGAAAGGAGGAAUUGAUGGGAGGGAUUGCUCCACAAUCUACAAAUUUUUGUACGCGUUGGCGUUCAAUGGUGAAAACGGCUCGGUCCUCACGUUCGCCGAAGCCAAUCAACUCGUUCUGAUGGUGAAGAGCGCUGAGCUGGGUGACGCUGAUAAGAUGCGC